AUUACGGAUUAGUUGAAACUGCGACUGCGCGGUGUGAGCUCUCGGGACCCAGGACUGUCCGGGGGCUUUUUCAGAGAACUGGGCCUCUGGGCCCGGGAAGCCCGGACCUCUUGUUCUAGGUAAAAGUGAUUUAUUCAGUUCAUUGGAACAGGAAGAAAUGGAUUUAUCUGCGGAUCAUGUUGAAGAAGUACAAAAUGUCCUUAAUGCUAUGCAGAAAAUCUUAGAGUGUCCAAUAUGUCUGGAGUUGAUCAAAGAGCCUGUCUCUACAAAGUGUGACCACAUAUUUUGCAAAUUUUGUAUGCUGAAACUUCUCAACCAGAAGAAAGGGCCUUCACAAUGUCCUUUGUGUAAGAAUGAUAUAACCAAAAGAAGCCUACAAGAAAGUACAAGAUUUAGUCAACUUGUUGAAGAGCUGUUGAAGAUCAUUCAUGCUUUUGAGCUUGACACAGGAUUGCAGUUUGCAAACAGCUAUAACUUUUCAAGAAAGGAAAAUAACUCUCCUGAGCAUCUGAAGGAGGAAGUUUCUAUAAUCCAAAGUAUGGGCUAUCGGAACCGGGCCAAAAGACUUUGGCAGAGUGAACCUGAAAAUCCUACCUUGCAGGAAACCAGUCUUACUGUCAAACUCUCUAACCUUGGAAUUGUGAGAUCUCUGAGGACAAAGCAGCAGACACAAUCUCAGAAUAAGUCCAUCUACAUUGAAUUGGGAUCUGAUUCUUCUGAAGACACAGUUAAUAAGGCCAGUUAUCUCAGUGUGGGAGACCAUGAAUUGUUAGAAAUCACCCCUCAAGAAGCCAAGGCCAAGACCAAUUUGAAUCCUGCAAAAACGGCUGCUUGUGAGAAGGACAUAACAAAUACUGAACAUCAUCAACUCAGUAUUAAAGAUCUGAUCACCACCCAGGAGCAUGCAGCUGAGACGCAUCCAGAAAAGUAUCAGGGUAUUUCUGUUUCAGACUUUCACGUGGAGCCAUGUGGCACAGAUACUCAUGCCAGCUCAUUACAGCAUGAGAACAGCAGUUUAUUGCUCACUGAAAACAGACUGAAUGUAGAAAAGGCUGAAUUCUGUAAUAAAAGCAAACAACCUGUCUUAGUAAAGAGCCAACAGAGCAGAUGGGCUGAAAGUAAGGGCACAUGUAAGGAUAGGCAGAUUCCCAGCACUGGGAAAAAGAUAGUUCUGAAUACUGAUCCCCUGUACGGAAGAAAAGAACUGUGUAAGCAGAAACCUGCAUGCUCUGACAGUCCUGGAGAUUCCCAAGAUGUUCCCUGGGUAACCCUGAAUAAUAGCAUACAGAAAGUUAAUGACUGGUUUUCCAGAAGUGAUGAAAUAUUAACUUCUGACGACUCGUGCGAUGGGGGGUCUGAAUCAAAUAAUGAAGUAGCUGGUGCAGUGGAAAUUCCAAAUAACGUUGAUGGAUAUUCAGGUUCUUCAGAGAAAAUCGACUUAAUGGCCAGUGAUCCUCAUGGUACUUUAAUACAUGAAAGAGUCCACUCCAAACCAGUAGAGGGUAAUAUUGAAGAUAAAAUAUUUGGGAAAACCUAUCGGAGGAAGUCGAGUCUCCCUAACUUCAGCCACAUAGCUGAAGAUCUAAUUAUAGGUGCAUUUACUGUAGAACCUCAGAAAACACAAGAGCAGCCCAUCACAAAUAAGCUAAAAUGUAAAAGGAGAGGUACAUCAGGCCUUCAGCCUGAGGAUUUUAUCAAGAAAGGCGAUUUGACGAUUGUUCCAAAGACUCCUGAAAAGAUGAUUGAGAGAACUGACCAAACAGAGCAGAAACAUCACGGGAUAAAUAUUACUAGUGAUGGUCAUGAGAAUAAAACAAAAUGUGGUGAUGUUCAGAAAGAGCAAAACGCUAACCCAACAGAAUCAUUGGAAAACGAAUCUGUUUUCAGAACUAAGGCUGAACCUAUAAACACCAGUAUAAGCAAUAUGGAACUAGAAUUGAAUAUCCGCAGUUCAAAAGCACCUAAGAAUAGGCUGAAGAGGAAAUCCGCUACCAGGAAAAUUCCUGAACUUGAACUAGUAGUCAGUAGAAACCCAAGUCCACCUAAUCAUACUGAGCUACUAAUUGAUAGCAGUUCUAGCAAUGAAGAGAUGAAGAAAAAGCAUUCUAGCCAAAUGCCAGUCAGGCAGAGCCAAAAGCUUCAACUCAUGGGAGAUAAAGAACCUACAGCUGGAGCCAAGAAGAGUAACAAAACAUAUGAACAAAUAAAUAAAAGACUUGCUAGUGAUGCUUUUCCAGAACUAAAUUUUACAAACACACCUGGUUAUUUUACUAACUGUUCUAGUAAACCUGAAGAGUUUGUUCAUCCCAGCCUUCAAAGAGAGGAGAAUCUAGGAACAAUUCAAGUGUUGAAUACUACCAAAGACCCCAAAGAUCUGAUGUUAAGAGGAGGAAAAGCUUUGCAAAUGGAAAGAUCUGUAGAGAAUACCAAUAUUUCCUUGGUUCCUGAUACUGAUUAUAGCACUCAGGAUAGUAUCUCAUUACUAGAAGCUAAAACCCCAGAGAAGGCAAAGACUGCACCAAAUCCACGUGUGAGUCUGUGUGCAGCAAUCGAAAACCCCAAGGAACUUAUCCAUAGGGAUUUUAAAGAUAACAAAAACAACACAGAGGGCUUUCAGGGUCUCCUGGGACAUGACGUUAACUAUGUCAUUCAGGAGACAAGAGGAGAAAUGGAAGACAGUGAACUUGAUACACAGUAUUUGCAGAAUACGUUCAAGGUUUCAAAGCGUCAGACAUUUGCUCUGUUUUCCAAUCCAGGAAAUCCACAAAAGGAAUGUGCCACAGUCUUUGCCCACUCGGGGUCCUUAAAGGAUCAAAGUCCAAGAGACCCCCUCAAAUGCAGACAAAAAGAAGACAGUUGGGGAAAGAGUGAGUCUAAAAGCCAGCAUGUGCAGGCCGUUUGUACAACAGUGCACUUUCCUGUGGCUGGUCAGAAAGAUAAGACGCCGGGUGACGAUGCCAAAUGUAGUGCAAAAGAAGUCACUAGGGUUUGUCAGUCAUUACAAUUGAGAGGCCACAAAACUGAACUUGUUUUUGCUGAUAAGCAAGGGGUUUCAGAAAAACCAAAUCUAAUACCAUCACUUUUUCCCAUCAAGUCAUCUGUUAAAACCGUAUGUAAGAAAAGCCCAUCAGAGAAAUUUGAGGAACCUGUAAUGUCACCUGAAAGAACAUUGGAAAGUGAGAGCAUCAUUCAAAGUGCAGUGAGCACAAUCAGCCAAAAUGACAUUCAAGAAAGCACUUUUAAAGAAGUCAACUCAAGCAGUGUUAAUGAAGUAGGUUCCAGUACUAAUGAAGUAGGCUCUAGUAUUAAUGAAGUAGGUUCCAGUGGUGAAAACAUUCAAGCAGAACCAGGUAGAAACAGAGAACCUAAAUUAAGAGCUUUACUCAGAUUAGGUCUUAUGCAACCUGAAGUCUAUAAGCAAAGUCUUCCUGUAAGUAACUGUCACCAUCCUGAAAUAAAAAGGCAAGGAGAAAAUGAGGACAUGCUUCAGGCUGUUAAGGCAGAUUUCUCCCCAUGUCUAAUUUCAGAUAACCUCGAACAACCUAUGGGAAGCUGUCAUGCUUCUCAGGUUUGUUCUGAGACACCUGACAACUUGUUAAAUGACGACGAAAUAAAAGAAAAUAGCCACUUUGCUGAAAGUGACAUUAAGGAAAGAUCUGCUGUUUUUAGUGAAAGUGUCCAAAAAGGAGAAUUCAGAGGGAGCCCUGGCCCUUUCACCCAUACACAUUUGGCUCAGGGUCACCAAAGAGGGGCUGGGAAACUAGAGUCAGAAGAGACUGUGUCUAGUGAGGAUGAAGAGCUUCCCUGCUUCCAACAAUUACUGUUUGGUAAAGUAACCGAUACACUGUCUCCAUCUACCAGAUGGAACACUAUUGCCACUGAGGGUCUGUCUAAGGAAACAGAGGAGAACCUGGAAUCAUUGAAGAGUGGCUUAAAUGACGGCAGUGGCCAGGGAACAUCAGCCAAGGUGUCCCAGGAACAUCACCUUAAUGAGGAAGUGAGAUGUUCUGGUAGCUUAUUUUCCUCACAGUACAGUGCAAUGGAAGACUUGACCACUAAUACAAACACCCAGGAUCCUUUCUUGAUGUUUGAGCGUCCUUCCAAACAAGUGUAUCAGUCUGAAAGCGAGGAAGUUCUGAGUGACAAGGAAUUUGUUUCAGAUGAUGAAGAAAGGGAAACUGGCUUGGAAGAAGAUAGUUGCCAAGAAGAGCAGAGUGUGGAUUCAGACUUAGGUGAAGCAGCAUCCGACCAUGUGAGUGAAACAAGCCUCUCUGAAGACUGUGUGGGGCUGUCCUCUCAGAGUGAUAUCUUAACCACUCAGCAGAGGGAUACCAUGCAAGAUAACCUACUAAAGCUCCAGCAGGAAAUGGCCGAGCUGGAAGCUGUGUUAGAGCAGCACGGGAGCCAGCCUUCCCACAGCUCUGCUUCCCUCACAGCUGAUUCUCGUGGCCCAGAGCACCUGCUAAAUCUAGAGCAAGACACAUCAGAAAGAGCAAUAUUAACUUCAGAGAAAAGUAGAGACUAUUCUAGAAGCCAGAAUCCUGAAAGCCUCUCUGCUGACAAGUUUCCAGUAUCUCUGGAUAGUUCUACCAAUAAAAAUAAAGAACCAGGAAUGGAAAGAUCUUCCCCUUCUAAAUCCCAGUUACCGGGUAAUAGGUGGUAUAUGCACAGCUCAAGGAGUCUUCAGGACAGAAACUGCCCAUCUCAAAAGAAGUGCAUUAAUGUUGCUGACAUGCAGGAGCAACAACUGGCUAAGUGUGAGGCCCAAGAUUUAAUGGGGUCUUAUUUGCCGAGACAAGAUCAAGAGGGAACCCCUUACCUGAAAUCUGGAAUCAGCCUCUUCUCUCAUGAACCCGAGUCUGAUCCCUCUGAAGACAGAGCCCCAGAGCCAGCUCAUGUUCACAGCAUGCCACCCACAGCCUCUGCACUGAAAUUAUCCCAAUUUCGAGUAGAAGAAUCUACCAAGAAUCCAGCUGCUGCUCACAUUACUAAUACUACAGGGUGUGACCUGAGGGAAGAAAGUGUGAGCAAAGAGAAGCCAGAAGUGUUAUCUUCAACAGAAAGAAGCAACAAAAGACUUUCUAUGGUGGCAUCAGGCUUGACCCCAAAAGAACUCAUGCUUGUGCAGAAAUUUGCCAGAAAACAUCAUGUCACUUUAACUAAUCUAAUUACUGAAGAGACUACUCAUGUCAUUAUGAAAACAGAUCCUGAGUUUGUGUGUGAACGGACACUGAAAUAUUUUCUGGGAAUUGCAGGAGGAAAAUGGGUAGUUAGCUAUUUUUGGGUCAUCCAGUCUAUUAAAGAAAGAAAGAUGCUGGAUGAGCAUGAUUUUGAAGUCAGAGGAGAUGUUGUCAAUGGAAGAAACCAUCAAGGCCCAAAACGAGCAAGAGAAUCCCGGGACAAGAAGAUCUUCAAGGGCCUAGAAAUCUGUUGCUAUGGACCUUUUACCAAUAUGCCCACAGAUCAACUAGAAUGGAUGGUGCAGCUGUGUGGGGCUUCUGUGGUGAAGGAGCCCUCAUCAUUCACCCCAGGCCAGGGUAUUCACCCAGUUGUGGUUGUGCAGCCGGAUGCCUGGACAGAGGAUGCUGGCUUCCAUGUGAUCGGGCAGAUGUGUGAAGCACCUGUGGUAACCCGAGAAUGGGUACUGGACAGUGUGGCCCUUUACCAGUGCCAGGAGCUGGACACCUACCUGGUCGCCCAGAGCUGCUGCUGAUUCCAGCCAGCCGCAUAUAUUAGAGAUAGGGCCUGUCUCUGCAGGACCCCAAGAAUGAGCUUAAGAAAUGGUCUUUUUCCAUGUUUAAGAAGCGCCUCUUCAGUACUUCCACAGCCCCGAUUACUAAAUAUUUUAUGUACAUCAGCCUGAAAAGAACUUCUGGCUCUGCAAGGGUUGCUUAAAGAUUUUCUGCUUCAGGUCUCCCUUUGAAAUCUGCCAUGAGCACAAAAUUGUAGUAAUUUUUCACCUGAAAAGAAUUUAAAAUAAUUUAAACCCCACCAAUUGAA